AUGGACAUGUUCCAGAAGGUAGAGACCAUCGGAGAGGGCGCCUAUGGGGUGGUCUACAAGGCCAGGAACAAGGGCACCGGGCAGCUGGUGGCCCUGAAGAUGAUCAGGCUUAACCGGGAGACUGAGGGGGUCCCUAGCACGGCUAUUCGAGAGAUCUCCCUGCUCAAGGAGCUGAAGCAUCCAAACAUCAUCAGGCUGCUGGAUGUGGUGCUUAGCAAGGAGAAGCUGUACCUUGUGUUAGAAUUCCUCAGCCAGGACCUGAGGAAGUGCAUGGAUGCCAGCCUGGGCACCCCACUGCCCCCACACCUUGUGAAGAGCUACCUCUUCCAGCUGCUUGAGGGCCUCAGCUUCUGCCACUCACAUGGCGUCAUCCACCGGGAUCUGAAGCCACAGAACCUGCUCCUAGAUGGACUGGGUGCCAUCAAGCUGGCUGACUUUGGCCUGGCACGGGCUUUCAAGGUGCCCCUACGCACUUACACCCACGAGGUGGUGACCUUGUGGUACCGCGCCCCUGAAAUACUGCUAGGAAGCAAGUUCUACUCAACGGCUGUGGACAUGUGGAGCAUCGGCUGCAUCUUUGCCGAGAUGGUGACCUGCCAACCACUGUUUCUGGGGGACUCUGAGAUUGACCAGCUCUUCCAGAUCUUCCAGAUCCUGGGGACCCCCAAUGAAGCCAUGUGGCCCGGGGUCACACAGCUGCCGGACUACAAGGGCAGUUUCCCCAAGUGGGCCUGGAAGGGGCUGGACAAGGUCAUACCCAGCCUGGAGCCAGAGGGCAAAGAUCUGCUCAUGCAACUCCUGUGCUACGACCCCCGUCAGCGGCUCUCAGCCAAGGCUGCCCUCAUGCACCCGUAUUUCUGGACUGAGACCUCCCCCGAGACCUCCCCGGGCCCGCAGCCCUGCGAGCUGGAGGGCAGGUGA